GUGUCUUUAAUAUUGCAUGUUCCUCCUCCACUGGUGCAGGUGACGCGUCUCGUGAGCGCAGCGCUGCGUGGGGAACUAAUGACCACUGGGAUCGCGCGUGGGCGGCGCUUCACGCAGCAGGUUUGUGUGUGUCUCUACAGCGGCGAGACAGACAGAAAGACAGACAGGAGAAGACUGGAGCAAAUGAGCGCGGAGAGACAUUGAAUGCGUGACAGAGCGAGGGAGAGUCUGCUCGGGGAAUUCACAUUCGCGUCUUUGGACAGAGAUUUUGCCACGCCCACAGCUGAAGAUGUCCGACAAUGGGGAAGUAGAAGACAAGCCGCCAGCUCCGCCCAUGAGAAACACCAGCACCAUGAUUGGCUCGUCCAGUAAAGACUCAGGCCCACUGAAUCACGGCUCCAAACCUCUGCCGCCCAACCCAGAGGACAAGAGGAGAAAAGAAGGCUUCAUUCGAUCGAUACUCACCGGAGGAGGAGACAAGACCAAUAAGAAGAAGGAGCGUCCUGAAAUCUCACUACCGUCGGACUUUGAGCACACCAUCCAUGUUGGUUUUGACGCAGUCACUGGAGAGUUCACUGGCAUGCCUGAGCAGUGGGCACGGUUACUCCAGACGUCCAACAUCACCAAACUGGAGCAGAAGAAGAAUCCUCAGGCGGUUCUAGACGUGCUUAAAUUCUACGACUCUAAAGAAACGACCAACAGCCAGAAAUACAUGAGCUUUACAGAUAAAGGUGUGGAUAACUACAGCUCUUCCAACGCAGUGAACUCCAAGACCGUUUCCGAGACACCUGCCGUAGCCACCGUCUCAGAGGAUGAUGAUGAGGAUGAAGCCACACCCCCACCCACGAUCGCACCCCGUCCCGAGCACACCAAAUCUAUCUACACACGCUCCGUUAUUGAACCUCUUCCUCCUCCGCUCUCCACCAAAGACGCCGCCACAUCGCCCAUCGCCAAUGCGGCGUCUGACAGCGGCAGUCCCACCCCGACACCCUCCACCACCACCGCCACUAGCACCCCCACGCCCUCCACUCCACAGAGCGCUGACAAGACACGCAAGAAGAAGAUGACCGACGAGGAGAUACUCGAGAAACUGCGAAGUAUAGUCAGCGUGGGUGACCCGAAAAAGAAGUACACACGGUUUGAGAAGAUUGGCCAGGGGGCGUCUGGAACAGUUUACACAGCCAUAGACAUCGCCACGGGACAAGAGGUGGCCAUCAAACAGAUGAACCUACAGCAGCAGCCCAAGAAAGAGCUGAUCAUCAACGAGAUCUUAGUCAUGAGGGAAAACAAGAACCCCAACAUCGUCAAUUACCUGGACAGUUACCUGGUGGGGGAUGAGCUCUGGGUAGUGAUGGAGUAUCUGGCAGGAGGUUCCCUGACGGACGUGGUGACAGAAACGUGUAUGGAUGAAGCACAGAUCGCAGCUGUCUGUCGGGAAUGUCUACAAGCCCUUGAGUUUCUUCACUCGAAUCAGGUUAUUCACAGAGACAUCAAGAGUGACAACAUUCUCUUGGGCAUGGACGGCUCUGUCAAACUCACCGAUUUCGGCUUCUGCGCUCAGAUCACUCCUGAACAAAGCAAACGAAGCACAAUGGUGGGGACGCCCUACUGGAUGGCACCGGAGGUGGUGACCCGCAAGGCCUACGGACCCAAAGUGGACAUCUGGUCUCUGGGCAUCAUGGCUAUAGAAAUGAUAGAGGGCGAACCACCAUACCUCAACGAAAACCCUCUGAGGGCUCUGUACCUCAUUGCCACCAAUGGAACUCCAGAGCUACAGAACCCAGAGAAACUCUCCUCUGUGUUUCGUGACUUCUUAAACCGCUGUCUGGAAAUGGACGUGGAGAAGAGGGGCUCUGCCAAGGAGCUCUUACAGCACCAGUUCCUGAAAGUGGCCAAGCCUUUGUCCAGCCUCACGCCGCUGAUCAUAGCGGCGAAGGAGGCAGCAAAGAACAACCGCUAGCCCCCCUGGGACGACCCCCGGCCCCACCUGUCCUCAGCCCCGACCCCCAGAACGUCCCGUCAGCCUUCUCUCUCUCUCGCUCUGGUCAGGAGCUCUCAUGCCGAGGGUUCAUCGUCCCUCGUCCUCUAGUGCUGCUGUUAAAGGAUCCGAGGGGUGUCUGCGGUCCCUGAAAAGGCUCUGAAUGAUGUCAUCACUGAAAAUAAAGGGUCACGGUGCGUCAGGCCCAAAGCAUUACGGGGGAUUUGCCCCUGUGUUUCACCGGCUGACUUUCUCUGGGUCUCACUGUCAGUUUUUCUGUUUGAUUUUGUGUUUAAUGCCUGUCAGAUCAUGAAAACAUGAUUCAUGUUUUCAUGCACGUUAUUUGUUUGUUCAUUUUACAAUGUUUUUUAAAGUGUUUGUGUAUGUGUGAGAGAGUGCGUUUGUCGGCUCAUAGAUCGCAACGUGAUGCGUGGCACGAUUGUACUGCCAUCUCAUCGACAGAAAGAUCUCGUCCGAUACACGUUUUUGAUAUUGAAACUCGAUGAUCUGUAACAGACUAUUGAUUAAGGUACUAUGAAGGAUGCCUGUGCAUGAAGAGACUGCCUUUCAGAUGAUGAAACGACUACCUGAGGUCCGUUCUGUCCCAUAAACCCUCCACAUGUCGGAAAUUAAACAAAACCUCACUGCAUUCUGUGCGUUAAGAGGGUUUGUGUUGCCACAAACAUUAAUGAAAUUGAAAUUUUCUGAUGUUGCGUUCAUGUACCCUUUGGCCUUAAAUGAAAAGUACAACGUUACGAAGAUGGCACAACCCACAAAGAUGCAAUCUGUUGCCAUUUCAGUGGACUGAUGGGGUUUGUUUAAAAGAAAAUCUUUCCUGUAAGCAAUCAGUGUCUCUGCGAGCCAUAAACUGUUUAUAAGGCCUUUUGAUUAAUCGAAAUUCUUAAUGAAAUGGGACGAAUAAACUUCAGAAUUAAA